UUCCAUUCAUCUCCCUCUCUCGCGAAAAUCGUAGAAUCCAACCUUUGAGCUCUUAUCAAAUAUCCUUUAUACACUUUUCCACACCCCUCACAGCAUCACUAAACCUCACCCCACCCCACCAUGCGCCCGUCCCUCCACCUAGCCCGCUACGCCCGCCCAUCUCCCCCGCACACGCGUGCAGUCCACAUCCCACCAUCCGUCAGAUCGAUCCUCAAGCCCAUCAUCAAGCCCAUCAUCAAGCCCGUGCCUCCCGAGGAGGAAACCCGCGAUACAACCGGCGAGACGCACGAGUACACGCUAUCGAGCGACGAUCAGCGCACGGCGAAGGAUAAGGAAAGCUUCGAUCCGAAGGUUACGCGGCCGGAGCUUGAGAGGGAAGAGGCGGCGAGAGAGCACGAGGCUGAUCACAGUAAUAACCCCCUCGAGUAUUCGCCUGCGAAUCGAGAAGUGUCGAAGCAGUGCCCUCAGACGGAAGACAGAGCAGAAGGUGCGCCGAAGGACAGGAGGCCCAGUUCUCAAGGGCACCCCAAGAAGGGGAAGGUGGUGCCGAAGGCUCCUGACGCAGGAAAGGGGUCGUGGACUAGAUGGCUGGGAUGAUUUGAAGAGGCUUGAAAUAGUGGAAACGGAUGAGGGUUGGCUUGUCGCUGUAUAUUAUUUGGGUAUGGGGAAUGCAAACCAGACUGACUUGAGUAUGGACGGAGAUUGUGG